AUGGAUGAUCUCAAAAACGAUCCCAGGAGGAGUGGAAACAUUUUGAUCUCCACCACCAAGAGGAGCUCAACAGCCUUGCAGGUGUACAGGAACGAUAUGCCCGAAAAUGAGAGAGCUCGCUGCUGCUUCUGCUGUGUUGAUGAUACAGAGGACUAUGAUGAUGAGAAGACUGCUGGAGGGCAGAAUGUGAAGUAUGAUGAGAGAGACGGCACAAUCUACAGCUACUGCUAUUUCCAUUUUGUUUUCUUUCUCGGCUCCCUCUACGUCAUGAUGACUGUAACCAACUGGUUUCAUUAUGAGAACGCAAAGAUCGAGAGGCUGCUGGAGGGGAGCUGGUCGGUGUUCUGGAUCAAGAUGGCAUCCUGUUGGGUCUGCUUAUUUCUGUACAUGUGGACUCUGUUGGUCCCCAUGCUCUUCCCAAAGAGAUUCCAAGCCUAGAAACCCUUCACACAUGUUCCAGUAUCACCACUGUCCACUUACAACUACUGUGUGUGCGCACGUGUGUGUGUGUGUGAGAAAGAGAGUUUUGUUUGUUUUUAAUGUUUUUUGUUUGUUUUAUUAGUUUAAGUAUAGUAAAAGCUUUUGAGUUAUGUCUUCAAAUGCAGUUUUAUGGAAAUGUGUUACAGAAAUCAUGUUAUGGCUACUCUCAUGCUGAUGUAGGGCUCUUGUUUUCCUCAUUACAUGAAGGUAUAAAAACAAACUAUUGCUCAGGCUCACACAUCACCUGUAAGUGUCUUGCUUGUUAACGCUUUUCUUUUGGUAGCUGAAGAAUUCUAUGCAAAUCAACAAACCAUGAUUUUCAUUCAUUUAUUUGUCUGCCUUUUUGAAAAGUUUUCAAAUGUGUUUCACUUCAAGGGUGUGUUUUACUAAGGUAACAAGACUUCUUAUUUGAAUAAAUGUAUCUAUUUAUUUAAUAGAUAUAUCUCUCCUGAUUAGUUAGGACACUGCUGCCUUGCAAAACCACCACACUAUACCACCAAUGGCACUCAUGGAAACAUGAUCAAAACCAGCUGAGAAAUUACUGUGCAAGAUUAUUCCUAUAAGAAAGUACUCCAAUGAGAUGUCUUGUUACUGUAUUUAUUGAAGCACAUAACUUCCUUAUAAAACUGCACCAAAACAAUAUUUCCAAUUAAGUCAGCAACAUUCCUGAAGUUUCCUCCUUUUCCGGCUUCAUCUUAAAUCUCAGGUAGUCUACAUUGAGCAUACUGGUGUUUCCAGUGAAUCACACCAUUCUAAGGAAAGCAUGUGACUGCCGUUCCCAUUAAAUGUUCUUAUGCUGAUUUGAAAUGGGAGGGUAAAGCCAAGGCCACAUCGUUAUGCCCCAAAAACCUAAACUGCCACACAGAUUGUUAUAUGGCCCACAGCAACACUGAAGCUAUAGUUUCUUUCUUAUUUUUCGAUUUUUGUUACAAUUUAAAUGGUGCUUUAGACCAUGGAUGUCCUAUACUAUUUUAUUCCAGCUCAUGCACUAGACUUGCAAGCAUGCCAUUUGUCAAAGAACAAGUUUGUACAAUCUUUUAUACAUAUAAAGCAUUGUUACAGCUGUGUACAGCUAUUCUAUUUAAUCUUUCAGAGGUUUUUGUUGCUAGAAGUGCAUGUCUGUAUAUCUUGUUUGUGGUGUUUAGUUUACAGUUUACAGGAGCUGCCCGUAUUAGAUGUAUUGCAGCACUCCUGAUGCUCCCUGGUAGAAAAAAAAAAGUGGUUGGCAUUGUUGUUGAUGAAGGAAAUACAAUCUAGAACUGGAAUUAUUUGACAUUUUAUGGUUAUUUCCUGUGUAGCAGUUGUAGCUGUCCUAAAUGCUUUGAUGAACCAAAAUCUCUUUUACUACAAUUGGAGCUGGCACGGCUUUACUUUCUGUUUGUGAUCUGAAGAACUUCUCCAAAAGCUGAAGAAUCUGUCUGGGGAUUAAAAAAAAAAGAGCUUGUUUAUACAAAUCAAAAUGAGCAAAUAGUUAAUGAUUGACUUAAACGCUACAUGCUACAGCUGCAUUAAACUAAAAGCAUACUGUUUUAUGCAACCCUUAUUUGUUGCUCAGUAUUUAGUUUAAAAGUGUUUGUCUGAAUUAAACAUUAUGCCUUCCUUUAUUUACAAAGAUGUGCUUUAUGUAAAUAGUCCAUUGUACAGAUGACCACUAGGUGUACUCAUAAUAUUGCAAAAAAUGUAAUCUUGCGCUUUGUGUUGUUCUAAUUUCACAUGACGACAUAAUCCAAAAAUAUGUACAGUAAGUUUACAAACAACUCUUUUUUUUUUUCAUUUAUAUGCCUUGAAUUUUCUUUAUUAUUAUUUACGUUUUCUCAUUUCAAUACGUUCCAUGAAGGGUCAUAUGAGUUUAACUGUUGCAGGAUCAAUAUUCUUUAGUGUUUUUAUUGAUAUUGCCAGUUCUUUCAAUAAAAAGACAAAUUAAUAAAAUGGUGUAGUCUAUUUAAUUUUUAAAAAUGUUUUAUAUAUGAAAGUUUUGUCAUUUGUAGUCACAGAACGGAGACAACUAACACACGUACCAUAU